CCCUAUAAAAGGUGUCCUUGCCUCUUGGUUGUCAUCCACUUUUGACUCUUCGGGGACAUUUGUGUCUGUGACCAGUGAUUAUUGAACUCAACCCAGAGAUGUCCUACCAGCAAAACCAGCAGCAGUACCAGCCCCCUCCCAAAUGCCAGACCCCCAAGUACCCUCCCCAGGCUCCUUGCGCUCCUCCUGUCUCUUCUGGCUGUGGGUCUAGCUCUGGGGGAUACUGUGGGUCCAGCUCUGGAGGAUGCAGCAGCUCAGGCUUUGGGGGUGGCUGCAGCCUCUUUUCUCACCACAGGAGAUCCAAUAGAUGCAGGCGCCAGAGCCCUAGCCGCUGUGACAGUGGCUGUGGCCGCAGCCAGCAGUCUGGGGACUGCGGCGGGAGCUCUGGGGGCUGCUGCUGAUCCGAUGUUCUUGGCUAAGUGCUGACCUGGAGGGAUCAAGAGAGGCAACCUCCCAUCUUCCAUUUGCUCCUUGCUCCUUCUUCUCUUUAAUUUCCCCUGGGAUCUGAGCGGAUAAGAUAUCGUGGGGUGCCAAAUGGAGUCCAGGAGGACCAUUUCAUCUCAUCUCAAACCCUGGAUCUCAAACUUGAACUGAAUCAUCUCUGCCUCAUUUGUCUCAUGUAAUAAUAAAGCUCUAUACAGUCGA